GGGAUGGUCGAUCUAACAGCGUUCAGAACCUCCUGGUAAAGCUCAGACUGUUUGGGGUCUUUAUCAUAUGAUAAUUCAUCAUGAUCACCCCUGCGUUUGACCUGACCCAGGAUCCAGAUUAUCUGACCAUCUGCAUCAGAGCUCCAUACACCAGAACGUCAGAGUUUGAUCUGUUCAUCGACGGCACUGAUUUCAAGUUCUAUGCAAAGCCCUACUUUCUUAGGUUAAGUCUUCCUGGAAGAAUCAUAGAAGAUGGGAAGGAAAAAGCCACAUUUGACAUUGAUAAAGGGGUUUUCACACUUAAGGUCCCCAAGGAAACUCCAGGGGAGCAUUUCGAAGGGCUUCAAAUGCUCACCAGUCUGCUGGCUCCAAAAGGCUCACGAUCAGCAAAGCCUCUGGUGGAGGACGUGAGCGGCGAAGGCAGUGAAACCUCAGGAAAUGGUGAAGAGGAGGAGGAUGAAGAGGAGUUUGACUGGCAACUUGAACAGGAGGCCUACUUGGAGCAAUCCGAAGAGGAGAUGGGGGCUCUGCAGAAAUACGGCUUUGGUAAUCAAAGGUCCGGAGUAUUUUCGCGGUUACAGGAGGAACUCGGGGAUGUGAUAGACCUGAAGAACCCAGAGGGAACGUCUGCGUCCGAGAGGCGUCGGGCUCGGCUGGAGGCAGAGGCAUCAGCUUUCUCUUCUGACCAUUACUUAGCUGAUUUGUUUGAAGACGAUGAGAUAAAUUGUCUGCUGAAAUUUACACCGUGGUGGUCAAAGCUGAGUCCAUCUGCAGAUCCAGAGGGAGAAUCUGCCGUGUCAUUUAGUGACGAUGAGAAAGAGCAGCUGAGAAAAUUCACAAACCGCUCCUACCUGCUGGACAAACCCUCUCGUUACCAAGCGUGGCUCAGCCUGGUCGACAUCCUGCUGGCGUACUCCUAUGAAGUGCGCUCCACGGAGGGGGAACACAACGUCGAGUCUCAGUGGACCGUCAGAAAACUCAGCGGGACUCUGUGCUGGCUGGAGACCUACAGCUGCUUGCUUGAUGUCCUGGUGUCCUUCGGACGGAGGGUCUUGUGCUACCCACUCUACCGACACUUUGCUUUGGUGAAUUCGGCUAUUUGUGACACGGUUAAAAUUUUACAAACAGGGAAAGCCUGCGUCCUCAAAUGCCUGCUGGAUAUCCAUAAAAUGUUCAGAGAGAACGACCCGGCCUACAUACUGAAUGACCUGUACAUCUCUGACUACUGCAUCUGGAUCCAGAGGGUCAAGUCCAAGAAAGUGAUGGAGAUGGCCACCAUGCUGCAACACGCCUCUCUUCAGAAGGAAGAUUUGAAGCUGGAGCUUGAUGAUCUGGAGAGUGCAGCAAGAAUGGUGGCGGAGGAACAGCGGCAAGACUCCGGUAGCAGCAGCAGCAGCAGCAGCAGCUCUUCCAGUGACGACACCAGUAGCAGCUCUUCCAGUGAGAGUGAGGAGUCUGAAGCUGAAGGACAAGGCUGCUCAGAAUCCAAGCAGGGAGGAGGAGAGACAUGCAAAGACAACCCCUCCCAGCCCCAGCCUACCUCCUCUAGCUCUCCCAUCCCCCAUACAUCCUCUAGUUCACUCUCCUCAUCGGAAAACAGGAAAGCGGACGCCUCUCGCUCAGCCUCACAGGGCUGCAGACAGCUGAUCCAGGAGCUGGGGGAUCAGAUGACAGAGGAACUGAGGAUCUCUGCAGACUCCAGCUCCGAAGCAGCGGAGGCAGAGGAGCCAUCUGGCAGGGGUGGGAGCGGUGGGACGUUGUUAGAGCCGACUACUCGCAGAAACCCUCUGCUCAUCGUUCAGACGCACCAGGAUCAAGACUUUAAGACAUAAAGUGAUAAGGAACUUUAAAUCUUUGGGAUGAGUUUUGUGCCUUUGCAGAGACCAAUAUUUUUUAAAUACAUUUUUAUUUUGGGCAUGUUUUACUAAACAUACUUUUAUUGCAGUAAUAAACCAACACUGUAACUAAGCAUGUACGUAAAACUGUCUGUGCUUAGAAAUAGAGAUGCAACCUCUGCUUAUUACUAAUCCGUUCUUGGAAAGCUUUGUCUUACUGGUUCCAAUUUUCAACUCGUUUAGCCUGAUACAAUUUGAUCCCUGACUCUAUUCUGAUAAAGGAAGGAAAACCCUUUAAAAAAAAAAAAAACAGGACAACUGAUGGAAGGAGGAGUUUGGUUUAUUUUCCCUCUUGUUUUUGGAUAAAUGGAUAAUAAAUAUUUUUUCUUAUAAUGAAUAAAAAAAUAUUGAGCAAUGUUAGCUGUUAAACUCCCUGAGGUGGGGUGUUCUUAUUUGUCCUGUCAUGCAAAGGAUUGUGGGAUUUCCUAUAGCUCCUUAUAGGAGCCAUGAUGGGGUCCCUAUGCUAAAGGACCUAUCUAUUGGUGUGUUUUGAUCAGCUUUUUCUAAUGCGCAUUUUGAAAUAUCUCAUGAGAACAACUUCAAGGAGAUGAUGGAAAAAAAACCUUCAAUUCACAAAAAAGUUUUUACGUUCACUUGGGGUGGUUUCAGGUUUUGCGAAAAGGGCUGAUGCUCAACCGGGAGAUGGAAACCCUUUUUUUUUUAUCAGUUCUGAUGUUGCAAACUUUUACUCACAUGACUGAUCAGCUGUUUCUGUUGUUGGCGUCUUGCUGGAUCUUCUCUUUUAUGCGUGCAGACAAGGCUACAACAUCACUAUUACUAACUGAAAUGUUAAUGUAAUAACUUCCCAGAUAGCACCACAUACAUUAAAACUUUCAUUACUGAUCAGUGGUCAGGGCUACAUUGCAGCCUCUAGUUACAGUUUACUACAGGAUGGCAAUAUGCUUUGAGAUAUUUGUUUAUUCACUUCAAACCAAAUAGAAACAGCAAAUUUACAUUUCUUUUUAUAAUUUCGCUCAAAAUUAGAAUUUUUGUUGAAUGGAAACAUGGCUAAUAGCAAGCCUUUAGCUUCUUUUUCUGUCCUACCUUAUUGCCAGCACUAUUCAGUUAGCACCUACCAUGGUAUUCACUGACACUCUUCUGCUUUUGAUGGGUUAUAUUCACCUCAAGCCUCUGUGUUUGUUUUCUAGAAAAUUUGGCACCAAUUAUUUCCAAAUCCAACAUGUUCAAUGACAAAAGAUUUGUUUUUUU